CUCAGCUCAUUAAAGUGUAAUAACUUGUUUUUAAAUUAUAACAACAGCAGAAAAUCUGUUUUUCAAAAUAAAGAAUGAAAUCUGAAAAUAUUAAAAUUUUAACUAUUGCUGCCUCUCUUGGUUUAUCAGUUGCUGUCACUGCUUUUUUAUUUAGAUACUAUUCAGGUCAAAAUAAUUUAUCAUCAUUCGAUACAAAAGAAAGUACCACUACUACUACCUCCACUACUAAUGCACCAACUACUACUACCUCCACUACUAGUAGCGCUCCAUCCACUACCACUGUAGCUGAAAAGAAACCAAUCAUUAUUGAUAUUGAAGAAAUGAAUGCUAAAUGUGGUUUUUGCAGACCAGAAAUGACUGAUGUUAAUAGAAAAUCACCAAAUAAUUCAAUUCAUACAUAUUCAAGACACUUCUUUAUGUGUACAGGUAUUCCAUCAGAAGAAUGGCCAUCAAAAUUAUAUACAGCCACACCAUAUUUAGAACAAUUUGCAGCAGUUUUCAAAAAUAAUGGUGAAAACCCAAAAAGCCCAUUCGUCAUUAAUGGUACCGAUAUUGCACCAACUCAAAAAGAUACCCUUGAUAUCAUUAUUUUCCCAGAAAUGGUUAAAUUAGUUAAUAUCACUCCAGAACAAAUGGAACAAGUAUUGAAAUACUUUUUAGAUCACGACACCAUCGAUUCAGAUUUCCCAUCAUCAGUUCAAUUAGAAUCCAUCAAAGGUAAAUACAUCUUUGUUUGCACCCACAAACAAAAAGAUGAACGUUGUGGUUACUGUGGCCCAAUUUUAGUUGAUCAAUUAAAAGAAGAAAUCAAAAACAAAGGUUUAGAAAAUGACAUUCAAGUAUUUGGUACUUCUCAUGUUGGUGGUCACAAAUAUGCUGGUAAUCUUUUAAUCUUCCCACCAGGAAAUUGGUAUGGUUAUGUCACUCCACAAGAUGUCAGUGCUAUGGUCGACUCCGCUAUCUCUGGUGAAGUAGUCCAAAGAUUAAGCAGAGGUACCAUGGGUCUCAAUUAUGAUAAAAAUUAAAUUACCAUAUAUUUAAUUUAAUAAUUAUCAUAAUAUUAAACACAUCACGCGAUGUAAUAAUAAUUGAUUUUUUAAAAUAAAAUUUUUUCCAAUUAUAUUUACACUC